AUAGUAACUAUAUAGCAAGACAGAAAAGAGAAGAGCCGAUGCUGAAGAAAGCGGUCAAUGGAAGAUUAGGAGCCAACAGCAGCAUCAACCACUUCUCUUCUCUCCUUUCAAAACCCUUAAUUUUCCUAUCUCUUAUUUUCCUUCUGCCCAAUAAUUUCCCGCCAAAAAAAGGAGACAAAUCAGAAACAGAUUAUACAGAUUUAGUGAUUUGACUCUAGACCCGGAUAUGGGCAUUGAUUCAGGCUCAAGCCACUUCACAGAUUUCAAAAGGCAGCUCAGAUAUAAAUGCUAACAGUGGAGAAUGCGUGAAUGCUAUGUUUGUGAAAGCCUACCCUGUUGGUAUGGUGCAUAUGCUUAACAAUGGUAAUGUGGAAGACGAAGGAGAGUCUAGAAUGGAACCGUAUGUGGGUUUGGAGUUUGAUUCAGCAGAUGAGGCACGUGAGUUCUAUGGUCAGUAUGCAAUCCGUGUCGGGUUCAAAAUUCGGACUGGUCAGCUGUAUCGCUCAAGAACCGAUGGGUCAGUUUCAUCGAGAAGAUUUGUGUGCUCAAAAGAAGGGUUUCAGCUGAAUUCAAGGACAGGUUGUCCUGCUUUCAUUAGGGUACAAAGACGUGAUUCAGGGAAGUGGCUUAUUGACCAAAUUCAGAAGGAUCAUAACCAUGAACUUGGGCCUGUAGGCGAAAGCCAUUCACCUAUUUUGCAGCAGACCCCUCCUGUGGUUACAAAAUCAUUGGUUGAAGUGUUGCGUAGGCCAAAAGUCAAAUUGCUGGAAGAAAUAGAUAAUGGGGGACUGAUCCCAUCUGGCAUCAUUAAUUUCAAACGGCACAAACGAGGAGGAGAUGGAGGGCAAUCUAUAGCUGAACCAUACACGGGUCUAGAGUUUAAUUCAGCUAAUGAAGCAUAUGGAUAUUAUCAAGCAUAUGCUGAAGGUGCUGGGUUUAGAGUUCGGAUUGGUCAGUUGUUUCGGUCAAAGAAUGAUGGUUCAAUUACUUCCCGCAGAUUUGUGUGCUCAAAGGAAGGGUUUCAGCACCCUUCAAGAGUAGGUUGUGGGGCAUAUAUGAGGAUUAAGAGGAAAGACUCCGGCACUUGGAUAGUAGACCGUCUUCACAAAGAUCAUAAUCACGAUCUUGAAGUGCAUACGGUGUACCAGAGGAAAUUUUCCACAGCUUCAAAGAAAUUAUUAGAGGAGGAAGCUGGUGGCCUGGCCUCUAUGGAUCUAGUUGAAGUAAAUAACGGCAAGCUUGUCAAAAGAAGCCAAGAAAACAAAAUUGGAGCUGAGUGGUACUCUGUACUUUUUCAGUAUUUUCAAACCAGACAAGCAGAAGAUACCGGAUUCUUUUAUUCAGUAGAGGUUGACAAUGGUAGUUGCAUGAGCAUUUUUUGGGCAGAUGGCAGGUCUAGAUUUUCAUGCAGUCAAUUUGGUGAUGUUAUUGUUUUUGAUGCUUCAUACAGGAAAAAUAACUAUGUGGUGCCAUUUGCAACAUUUGUUGGAGUAAACCACCACAAGCAGCCGGUGCUACUUGGAUCUGCUCUGAUUGCUAAUGAAUCAAAGGAGUCUUUUACUUGGUUGUUUCAAACAUGGUUUAGGGCAAUGUCUCGGUGCCAUCCCAAGUCAAUUAUUGCUGAUCAAGACAUGGCCAUCCAGCAAGCAAUUGCUAAAGUCUUUCCUGGGACUCAUCAUCGUUUUUCUUUGUGGCAGAUUAGAGCCAAGGAGCGAGAGAAUUUCCGGUCAAUGCCUAAUGAAUUUAGAUAUGAGUACGAAAAGUGUGUCUAUCAAAGUCAGACAACUGUUGAGUUCAAUACCACAUGGAAUUUGCUUAUUACUAAAUAUUGCUUGAGGGAAAACAUUUGGCUGAAACAUAUGUAUGAAAAGCGUGAAAGUUGGGUUCCAUUGUAUUUGCGGGGAAAAUUUUUUGCUGGCAUCCCCAUAGGUGAAAGUGUUGAAUCAUUAUUUGGUACACAAGUAAAUGGUCAAACACCACUUAGAGAGUUUAUCUCGCGAUAUGAACAGGGACUUGAGCAAAGUCGUGAAGAGGAAAGAAAAGAAGAUUUCAAUUCUUUUAAUUUGCAGGCUUAUCUGCAAACAAAGGAACCAGUUGAAGAACAAUGUAGAAGGCUCUAUACUUUUACCAUCUUCAAAAUAUUUCAAGAUGAGCUUCUCCAAUCUUAUAGUUAUAUUGGGAUAAAGACUUACGAAGAAGGGGCUAUUAGCAGGUAUGUGGUUCGACGGUCUGGGAAUGAGAAUGACAAACAUGCUGUUACCUUUAGUGCAGUCAACCUCAGUGUUAAUUGUAGCUGUCAAAUGUUUGAAUUUAUAGGGGUACUAUGCAGACAUGUCUUGAAAGUGUUCAAACUGUUGGACAUGAGGGAACUUCCUCCUCAAUAUAUCUUAUAUCGGUGGAUGAGAAAUGCCGAGUAUCGUAUUCUAUGUGGUGCUGACUCAGGGAUAAGCUCCCAAGAACUAAAGGCCUUUAUGGUCUGGAGUUUAAGAGAAACUGCUUGUAAAUAUGUGGAAUGCGGGGCAGCAUCUGUAGAAAAAUAUAAACUUGCACAUGAGAUUAUGCGUGAAGGUGGAAAAAGGCUAUGUUGAUUGAGAUUACUUUUUGUAAUAACCUGUUUAGGUUAAAUCAUGUAUGUUGAAUAGCAUGUGUAGCUAGUUUUUUGACGGGUUGGAUGUAACUGAAGACUGUUAAGUUGUUUUUGGAUAACAAUGCCUUGUGUCCAUUUGAAUCAUACCUGUCAAUAUUGCA